AUCCUCUGGCGGUCAUUUUCCAUACUACUUCUUUUUUAAUCGUGUUCGGUGAAGGUGAAGUGUUCAUCUGUAAACACUAAAUAAAUCCUAGCCAUGGUACGAAUGAACGUAUUGAGCGAUGCUCUGAAAUCUAUUAAUAAUGCUGAAAAACGGGGAAAGAGGCAGGUUCUCAUCAGGCCAUCAUCAAAAGUAGUUGUAAAGUUUUUAACAGUAAUGAUGAAACAUGGUUACAUUGGAGAAUUCGAAAUUGUAGAUGACCAUAGGAGUGGAAAAAUAGUAGUUAAUCUGACUGGAAGAUUAAAUAAAUGUGGAGUGAUUUCACCCAGAUUUGAUGUGCCUAUUACACAUAUUGAAAAGUGGACAAAUAACUUACUUCCUUCUCGUCAAUUUGGUUAUGUUGUAUUGACCACCAGUGGGGGUAUUAUGGAUCACGAAGAAGCCAGAAGGAAACAUCUGGGAGGGAAAAUUCUUGGAUUUUUCUUCUAAAAUUAGAUUUAUAAUUUAAUAAAUUUUGUUUAUACAA